AAAAGCUUGGGACUCGUCCAUAACUACUGCUGGAGCUGCUGUGGAUCCCCAGAGGGCUGGGGACAGCAGGCUGUGGUGGCUGAUCCGACCUCUCUGGAUCUCUAGGGAAGCCAUCCAGGAAAAAGUCUUGAGAUGCCGAGCAUCAGCUCCUUACCCAAGAGGGUCCUGAUGACAUCACAUCCUCCCCAAAGAGCGACACAGCCUCCCAAGCCAAGUGACAAAGAUCAUCUCAGCUCUGCUGCACCAGCCCCAAGCACAGACACCCCAGGAGAAGAUGGACACGUCUCCUGCCCUGCUCCUGCUGCUGGCUCUGGGAUUCUGCUGCCCUGGGAUUUUUGGCCAGUCACUUCAGAUAAAGGUCAAAUCUCCCAAUGACAUCAACCAGCUCCGGGUGGGACAGAAGCUGGAGCUGGAGUGUCGGGCUGACAAGGAUAGUGGUGCAUUCUGGAUCCACCAGGACAGGAGUGGGAACCUUCACGCCAUCGUCUUCAUCAAUUCCAUGGCUCGAGUCACAUUUCAGGGGAAUCAGAAAUGGUCAUCUCGAUUUGAGGCAAGCAAACACAACACAAUCUAUUAUUUGGCAGUGAAAUCUUUCACACCACAGGACCAGGGGAAAUAUUUCUGCGUGAUGAAUUUGAACCAAAUGCUGUACUUCAGCCCUGGCAAGCCUGUCUUCCUUCCAGCCACCACUGUAGUGGCACCCACCACACCAGAACCCACCCCUAAGCAUGGCAUAACUGAGGACCCCAACCUCAGUACUCCGGAUCCAGAGAGAAUACAGGAAGAUCUGAAUUUCUUCUGUCACAUCUUCAUCUGGGUGCCCUUAGCAGGUGCCUGCCUCCUGCUCCUCAUUGCCCUGGUGAUCACCAUCGUGCUGUGUCAACAAACCAGAAGUCGAAGAUGCAGGUGUAAGAGACCUGCAAACGGGAAGCCCCCCACGAAACCCAGGACACCAAACUAACACAGAUCAGCAUCUGCUCCUUCUGGCUUCUGGAUCUUCUCCUGGGAGCUGUCAGCACAGAAAUCCAUCUCCUACAUUAUCCACAAUGCCACUGCACCUCACCCACUCUGCCCUGACAGAUCUGAAGAGACAAGAGGGAGCACAGACAAGAAGCAGCACUUCCCUGGGAACUGUAAAGCACAACUCCUUCCAAACCCCAAGCUUCUCUGGGCAAUUCCUAAGGCCAAAGGCCACCUCUGUUCCCAGGGCUCAGGCACAAGAACCAGGCCAAUCCAGGUGCUGACAUGCCUCAGUGAGGAGCUGAUGAGAAAUAAGGACGUGAGCUGGACCUUUGCUCAAGGCUGUGUGCGAUUUCCUCCCAAAACGCAGCCAGAGGUGGAAUUUGCUACACAAAGAAAUAAUUAUCCCCACCCCACACAUCUUCUUGUUGUGGUGCCUCCCUACCAGGGCUUUUACUGUUUCAUGUCAUGGAAUGCAAGACUGCACUGAGAAGCUAAAUAUGGAUUAAAGGGCCUUACUUUUGAGGUUUUUACAGUUCUGAGGGCUAAAGUUCACUGUUCCCCUCACACUGUCCUUGUUCUGCUGCUACCCCCAAUCCACCUAUUUCUGCAGGAGUUUGGCCUGAGUAAGGAAAGUGGGAUUUGCUUUCUGAGGGAAAUGCCUGAGUGAUUUAAAAAAAAAAAAAAUAAAUCUUUGUCACUUGUUUUGGUUAAGCAGAAUAUUUAACAUGUUGAUAUUCUGGGGACAUGUUAUGGACUACUGUAAAUUCUGGUUUUUUCAGAUCUGUAUUUCAUGUAAAUAUUUCCUUAGUAUAUUUGCAAUUUAAAAACUGAGACAUAAAAUAAAAUUCUUCUAGUCAGAUUCAUGACCAUUAUUUCAUUCUUCAGUUCCUAGUCUUAC